AUGAUCUUCCAUUCGAGGGACUUCAACCUCACGGAGAAGUUGGACUAUUAUGCGGCAGGUGCCAGCGUCUUCUACGGUCUAUAUUAUACACCAAUUCGAGUGUUUCGGCUCGAACAAUCAAAGAAGGAGAGACUGUUGAACAUCUGGACUUGGACGUGCCUGGCCUUGUAUGCUGCUCAUGUCUCCUAUCUGACCUUCUGGAGGUGGGACUAUACCUAUAACAUGGCAGCCAACGUGGUUGCUGGAAUUGUCCAGAAUAUCCUUUGGAGCUGGUUCAGCAUCACGCGGUACCGGAAGAUGCAUAAAAUCUGGGCUGCAUGGCCUGGGCUCAUUGUGGCUUGGAUCGUCUUUGCGAUGAGCUUCGAAUUGCUGGAUUUUCCUCCCGUUGGGGGUAUGAUUGAUGCCCACAGCUUGUGGCAUCUGGGAACAGUACUCCCAACCUAUUGGUGGUACAACUUCCUGCUCAAAGAUGCACAAGAAGACAUGGCAGUGUCCUCGUCAUCCUCCUCCACUUCAUCAUCUGACGAAGAAGAUCGACGUCCACGUCCACGAACCCGACGGCAAUCUUCGAUCUCACAAAUCCUACCUGCACUAGGAGAAGUUCCUGCAUAUCCACCAUCAGAGCGCUUUUUUGAUCCGCCUCGACCACCCAAGGUAUUUAGAGAUCGGCUCGGUCUCUCACCUCUCCGAUCCCGUCCAAAGGCCGAAACCAUGGAUUCGAUCUUCAACCAGCCUAAGCCGGUAGUAAAAAUCCAGGACGAGGUCAAGAGUGCUUUGGUUCAAAAUGCCGCUCCAUAUCCACUCCCUGAAGGCAAGAGAUUUCAGUAUGGUACAGCUGGAUUUCGCAUGAAAGCGGAUCUGGGCCUCGAUCAUGUGGUAUAUGCUGUCGGUAUUGUUGCGGCAUUGAGGUCGAAGCGACGCAAUGAAGCCACCAUUGGAGUUAUGAUCACUGCAAGUCACAAUCCGGCAGAAGAUAACGGAGUCAAGGUGGUGGAUCCUAUGGGCGAUAUGUUGGAGCAAGAAUGGGAGGAAUAUGCCACCAAAUUGGCUAACACGGAAAAUGCUCUAUUCGGCGACGUCUACGAGAAGUUGACCAAUGACUUGCUUGUUGAUCCAGUUCAUCAAGUCCAUACACGAAAAUCGAGGGUGGUGUUCGCUCGUGACACUCGGGCUUCCGGCCCUCACCUGAUCAAGGCCUUGAAAGCAUCUCUCGACGCACUGCACGUCGAAUACACGGACUACGGCAUCCUUACUACACCUAUGCUUCAUCACAUGGUCCGCUGUCACAACACCAAGAACUCUCCUCGUCCAUUUGGUGAAGCAAGUGAGGCAGGCUAUUACAAGAAAAUGGCCAAUGCGUUUAAAAAAGCUAUGUACGGUCGCAAGAUCAAGGGACAUCUCACUGUCGACUGUGCAAACGGGGUUGGUGGUCCGAAACUCCACGAUCUUCUCAAAUAUCUUCCCAAUGCAAGCAACGAUGGCAUAGACAUCAAAGUUGUCAACGAUGAUGUGAUCAAACCAGAAGCAUUGAACUAUGAGGUGAUGCUGUCCGUGGCGUGUAAUAACAGUUUGCUGAUUAUUUUCCAGUGUGGUGCCGACUACGUCAAAACGAAGCAGCGAGCUCCUCCCUCCUCGAAUGCUGUACCUUUUGAACGGUGCUGUUCACUUGAUGGAGACGCCGAUCGCAUUGUAUACUACUUCAUAGAUGACAACAAGGAAUUUCAUCUACUUGACGGAGAUCGAAUCGCAACCUUGGCAGCUAACUUCAUUGCGGAUCAAGCGAGAAUAGCCGGCAUUGGCGACAAGCUCAAAAUUGGUGUUGUCCAGACUGCCUAUGCGAAUGGCGCCUCGACCGAGUACAUUCAGAAGGUGAUGAAACUACCAGUUGAUUGCACCCCCACUGGUGUUAAACAUCUCCAUCAUGCCGCCAAACGAUUUGACAUUGGCGUCUAUUUCGAAGCCAACGGUCACGGCACAGUACUUUUCAACGAUAAUGCCAUCGAUAUCAUCAAGAGUCAUGAUCCGCAGUCUCCUGGCCAGAAGCAUGCUCUUGAGUCACUCGAUGCACUGACCGAUCUCAUCAAUCAAGCAGUUGGCGAUGCGUUGUCCGAUAUGCUGUUGACUGAGGUUGCCCUUGCACAUCGUGCCUGGUCUCCGCAAGAUUGGAUGAAUACCUAUAUUGACCUCCCAAACAAGCUCGUCAGAGUUGUUGUCCCAGAUCGGAAUGUGUUCAAAGCUGUUGAUGCCGAGAGAAGACUGGAGUCUCCUGCUGGUGCCCAGGCCAGGAUUGAUCACUACGUAAACCUUACCAACCGAGGACGGGCAUUUGCACGCGCUUCAGGGACGGAGGAUGCUGUUCGUGUCUACGCGGAAGCCCAUUCAGCCAGGGAUGCGGAGAAACUUGCCAACCAGGUUGCGGAGGUCGUCGAGGCAUACGGAAUGAGGGCGGCAUCGAAAUCUUGA